UCAUUAUUUGUGCGUCGUUCUCGCUUACCCACAGUAAGGAUGGUGGGCAUGAGCGUUCUCAGGUCUGCUGCUGCUUUUGCAGCCAGACUGAGUCCUCUAAAAUCUGGGAAAAAUGCGGCGAGCUUACUCACCAGAGCUAUUCCAAAGACGGACAAAGUGGCUGUUCGUUGGGGCCAUGGAAAGGAAUUGUUUUACAUCCAACCCUCUCGGCACUAUGACAGGAAGUUUAUCUUUUUAUUGCGAUACUAUUUGUUGUUGACAGGCAUACCUGUGGCUGUUCUUAUCACAGGUGUAAAUGUUUUCAUUGGUGAUGCAGAGCUUGUUGAAACUCCUGAAGGCUAUGAGCCUGAGUACUGGGAAUACUACAAGCACCCCAUCAGCAGAUGGAUUGCAAGGAACGUCUAUGAUUCACCCGUGAAGGACUAUGAAAAGAUGAUGGCAUUCGUACGCAUGGAGCAAGAGAAGGCAGAGUUGAGAUUGGCUGAGUUAGCGGUGCAUCAGAAGAUGAAGGAACGGGGAGACGGCCCCUGGUACCACUAUCCGACCCCCGACAAGAACCUUAUUGACCCCCGGAUCAAGUCAUCACCUGACGCUUAAUUAGCUUGUUAAUGCUCACCUUACAGGUGCAUUUGACAGUUUGUACAUUUCCCCUGUCUUGACUAAAUAAAGUAUCUUUAUGAAAUGUGA